AUGGGCAAGAAAUCUUCUCGCCCACCGGCGUCAAAAACUUCCUCCGCAGCCGCGCCUGCUGCGGACGCUGCCACCAUGACUGCCAGCAAAUCGUCUAUUCUCCGGUCUGCUUUUUCGCCAUCCGAAUACCAAUUAGCCCUUUUCGCCUCGGUCAUCCAUGGACUCGACUCGCAACAUCUUCGUGUUCAUGACAUCCACACUGGCACCCUGCAGUGCGAACAUGCAGUAGCUCCUCGGGAAUCUAUUACAUCUUUGGAUUGGGGUUACUUCAAUGGCCAGCGGGAACAGAAUGGCCCGAAGAAAAAACGAAAGAGAAACUCAAAUGUCCACGGUGCUGUUGGUGAUGCUGUGAUUGCAUUUGGCACAAGUUCGUCCGACAUUCGCAUUUUUUCUCCAGAGGAGGGCAAAGUGCUUGGUUCCUUGAGCGGCGUGCAUAGUGGAGGAAUUCGAGACUUCAAGUUUACGGCUGGAAAUUCGACGGGAGAGGGGUGGAGUAUUGGGGAGGAUAAUAGACUUGUUCAGUGGGAUCUUCGUACCUGCCAAAGCAUUAGAACGAUCAAUAUACCGACGUCGUCUACCAUUUCAGCACUUGCGAGACCAACCCUCUCCGACACAUCGAUCAUUUGCGCAACUCAGACCCCCACUAUCCUGGAUGUCGAAAAGUUAGACACACAACCAAUGACGUUCCCUGCAAUGGCCAACCCAAUCCACACACUCCUUUCAUCGACUAAAAACUCCAAGGAUGGUAAUUUCCUCGCCGCCGAUAGUGCGCGCUACAUCACUGUUUUUGAUCCAAAGACGAAGGGAAUAGCUCACAGUCUAGUCGCGGAGAAGGAGGUGUCGUCUUUAUCUCUAUACUCUGCUGCCUCCUCAUUAAAGGAAGAUGGUGAUGUACUAUCUAAACAGGUUCUCGCUGUGUUGAUAAAUGAUGGAACUAUCGAAUUUUUCAACAGACCCUUUCUACAGUCUGGUAGCCAGGGUGGUACGAAACCUGCAAGCCUGAAGGCGAGGGCGAAACAAAUGACCCGCAAAGCCGACGCGGUGGUGAAAAUUGUUCAUCCCGAAUCCAGAAAAGGGUUGUCUGUUGUGCAGGCUGAUUUCCAAGGGUCAGAGCUGUUCAUCGCGUGGGCUGAGGGGGGGGUUAACGUUGUGUUUGAGCGUGUGAAAUGGAAAGCCCAAGAUACAGAGGAGCUUGCCUUUUCGGGGGUUAACGAAAUAGCGGCCCGUAAAUCUCCUUCGGUCCUCCGCUCUGCCGCUGUGCAGGAAACACGAAAUGCAAGUAAAUCGCACGUUAACGAGAACGGUGCUGCUAUCGAAUCCGGCGCAUUCACAGAUGAAGUCGAAAUGAAUGGCACAUAUGAGAGUGAUGCUGAAUCGAUAUUAGAAGAGGAUAUCUCGGAGGACGAUGAGAUAGAAAACCGGCCGACAAGGAAAAGCGACGCAUUGGCUAAUGGUUUUAAGGAUAACGAGGAUGUCGAAAUGCAAGAGGCUGCCGACUCUGGGGUUGAAGAAAACGACGAAGCUGGCGGAGAACCCACCUUUGGAGAAUUAGUGCAACGGAGCUCCGCUAUUGAUGUCGAGGCUGAGUUACAUGAUAAUUCUGGUGGCAGGGCUUUGAUCCCUGGAGCGUCAGACAAGACAGUCUAUCAAAUACCGUCGGGUGUAUCUCUAUCAACCGUUCUUUCGCAGGCGCUCAAAACAAACGACAUUGAUAUGUUAGAGUCUUGUUUCCAUGCUAGAGAUUUGAACAUCGUUCGCGCGACCAUCCAGCGACUGGACUCGACCCUCGCGGGCAUUUUACUCCAGAAGGUCGCCGAACGCAUGGCAGCCCGGCCCGGUCGAUAUGGACAUCUUCUUGUCUGGGUACAAUUCACGUGCAUCACUCACGGAGGAGCCAUCGCCGGAAACACCGACAUCCUACGAAGGAUGACAUCUUUAUACAAGGUUAUGGACCAACGCUCUCGUACCCUCCCUUCGUUACUUCUCCUCAAAGGUAAAUUGGACAUGUUGGACGCUCAGGUCAAGUUGAGACAAUCCAUGAGUGAAGACCGAACACACAGGGAGGGUGACGAUGAGGAAAUACUGGAAAGAGUCACUCACUACGCCGGCACUGCUACUGAUACCAGCGAAGCUGAGCGACGCCGCAAACGCAAGGCCGCAUCCAACACGCCACGCCUCAAAGCGACCGACACGGAAGAAGCUGAUGACCUCGAUGACAUUCCUAACGGAUUUGGACUCGGCGUCGAAUCCGACGAGGAAGAAGAAGGCAGCGACGAAGAUGCGGACGAAGACGGAGAUUUAAUCGACAUUGAAGCCGAAGAGUCAGACGCCGAGGAGUCUCUUGAAGAAAAUGAAGAUGAGGAUGACGACGACGACGAGGAUGAUGAUGAUGAUGACUCUGACGCAGGUAGCGAUAUGGGUGACUUCAUCGCUGAUUCUGAAGAGGAUGUAUCCGACGUCGAAGCUGUUCCUGCACCGCCUCCGAAAAAGGCCAAAUUGAGCGGCAAGGGUAAGAAGGGUGGUCGCUCAUAA